CAUCCUGGCCCAGCCCCCUGGUUGUUGUUGCUACUUCCACUGCGACCUAGCCCGGGGAAGCGAGUGCUCCGAUCCAAGGAAGAUGCAGAGCUCGUUGAGGCCCGUGGGCUCCGGGGGGCUUCAGCUCCUGGUCUGCUUCCUUCUGCUUUACAGUCGUCCAGGAAGCUGCAGCGACAUUCGUGCCCACGAUGGUCAGGGCCAAGUAGCAUCAGAAUACUUAUGGCCAUUCCAAGGAUUUGCCGCUUCAGUCUUCCGGUACUUACAAUUUCUACUCCGCCAGAUUGUAUCAGAAGACCUGUUCUGGACAGAUGAACUAGCCCAAGAAGUACUGACCAAAAAGGUGGAGCAUCUCAGCAGACUCCACCUCCACAAUCCAUGCCGGAAGGAAGGGAAGGCAGUUUCCCCCACUGCAACCACUGGGGUGAGGGAUAAGCAAGAAGAGAAACAUGGAUUCUUAUACCCCAAGAAUCCAGCAGUCAAGGUGAGCAGGGACCGAUGCUUUGUCACCAAAGUAGUUCCAAAGGCCCCCAAACAAGAAGCAAACCACCCCACCAAGGGCUUCUUUGGGCCAUUCCCCACUGUGGGUCUCAACCUUGUUGCCGACUGAGAUCUCAUUGUAUAAGGUCCCCUUUCCCCAGGACCCCCCUCCUUGCCCUCAAAGGGGCAAUUCUUGGAUGACCCAAAUAUGGCUAAUAAAAGUUGACUUUUAUGCAAA